GCACCGCGUGAUUCUAUUGGUCGUCCCGCCUGGUUCAGAUGUUGCUCCCUAACAGACUUGAGAGGAGGUGUAUUGUUUCUCUUCGUCGCGAUCGGAAAAUUUCUUGCCGAGAUCUGGAUUCCGAAGUAGAAAAAUCAGAGAAGGGUUUACAAUGGCUGGAGGAAAGGCUGGAAAAGACAGUGGGAAGGCCAAGGCUAAAGCAGUGUCUCGCUCGCAGAGGGCCGGACUGCAGUUCCCAGUGGGCCGUAUCCACAGACACUUGAAGACCCGUACCACAAGCCAUGGGAGAGUUGGGGCAACAGCGGCCGUCUAUAGUGCCGCCAUCCUUGAGUACCUUACAGCUGAGGUGUUAGAGUUGGCAGGAAAUGCGUCGAAAGAUCUGAAGGUGAAACGAAUCACCCCCCGUCACCUACAGUUGGCCAUUCGUGGGGAUGAGGAGUUGGACUCGCUCAUCAAAGCCACUAUCGCAGGAGGAGGUGUCAUUCCUCACAUCCAUAAGUCUCUGAUUGGGAAGAAGGGGCCGCCUGCGUUGUGUGUCCUCCACUGA